GCGGCCGUAGGACGGGUAGGGCACGUACGGCCCGGUGCCCACCGCAGCCGCCCCCUACCCGCACCGCCAGACGCUGAUUCAGCUCCUCAGACUGUGACAGGAUGGAAGAGAAGCUGAAGAAGGCCAAGAUCAUCUUUGUGGUGGGCGGGCCCGGCUCGGGGAAGGGUACACAAUGUGAGAAGAUUGUGCAGAAGUAUGGCUACACCCACCUGUCCACUGGGGACCUCCUGCGGGCCGAGGUCAGCUCGGGCUCAGCCCGGGGCAAGAAGCUGUCGGAGAUCAUGGAGAAAGGGCAGCUGGUGCCACUGGAGACGGUGCUGGACAUGCUCCGAGAUGCCAUGGUGGCCAAAGCAGACACUUCUAAAGGCUUCCUCAUCGAUGGCUACCCACGGGAGGUGCAGCAGGGGGAGGAGUUUGAGCGGCGGAUCGCGCAGCCCACGCUGCUGCUGUACGUGGACGCAGGCCCUGAGACCAUGACGAAGCGGCUCCUGAAGCGCGGAGAGACCAGCGGGCGGGUGGACGACAAUGAGGAGACCAUCAAGAAGCGGCUGGAUACCUACUACAAGGCCACGGAGCCUGUCAUUGCCUUCUAUGAGAAGCGCGGCAUCGUGCGCAAGGUCAACGCCGAAGGCUCCGUGGACGAUGUCUUCUCGCAGGUCUGCACCCACCUGGACGCCCUGAAGUAGCCGAGCGGGGGCCCUUCCCUGGUUCCGCCCGCAGCCGCCCGCCCCUGUCCUGCCUGGAGGAGGUCGCCCUGGCCCCAGCCCAGCGCCUCCGCCCUGCUCUGUGGAGCACAGACAGAGGAAGCCACGUUAUCCUGUUUUCACGGACAACCCAGCACUAAAGGAAUUGCCAAGGA